AGCGGUGCAGCAGAAGCCCAGAUGACCCACUAAUCAUGAACAGGCUCAUCUAACUGUUGGAGGUCUUGACGAGCAAGGAUCCCGUAAAGUUACAAGAAGACAGCUAUUUUUCAUCACCACAAACGCAGAGUAAACCGGCAAAUCUGCCUCAGUCACUGUUGAUUCCCCUUUCUCGUUAAUGCCGGCGUAAUCUCCAUUCGAGUACACUUAGGUCAUCCGAAUCCUCACCUGAGAGAAGGACUUCCUCCAGAGCCGCUGAUAAUAGUUUAGCGACCUAGCAAAUUCAGGAAAAAUGCUAAGAAAUAUGGCUUAGAUUUUGCACCACUUUUGUGGCCCUCAUCAAAGCCUUAAAACUUUGAAUCAAGACGCCGCCCAGAAAGAGGAAAGGAAGUCUGGAUGCCCUGAACGGCCAAUGAUGAUGGUCCGGAAGUUUCAUGAUGGCCUGAUGGGACCUGUGACAGACAAUAAAUCCACAUCGGAGGCCUUCGCAGUGAUAAAGGGGGAGUCAGGCGACGUUUACGCCGCAGUGCCCUUUAACCUCAUGUUCUCCGCAAUGCUGGUAGAUGUUUAACGAAAAGAUCGGCCGGGUACCGACAACCAAUAUGGAAGCGAGCAUGCAGUGAAGGCUGAAUCCAAUAGUUUCUGGAUGCGUCAGUUUUUGACUGUCAACACGCAGUAAAUGGCUUUAUUUUACCGACAGGUCCCGACUGUUGAAUAACUCGAAUCCCGGUUAACGUCAGUGGUAAUCGCCUGGCAGCAGACUGAGUCUCUUUUUAGGCAGCGCCAUCCCCUAAAUGAUAAAAUCCACCAUGAGGCUGCAGCCUGAUUUAUAUACGCAAGGCUUCGGUAGGCUGCAUCAGCCAGUCUAGAACUGCCGUAAUUUUUCGAAGCAACCGACGCCUAUUCAUAACAUACAUGAAUCUACGUAUUGUGAUGUCUAAUUUAGAUAUCGAAGUCUCCCGAGACAUUCCUGCUUGUGUGCGUUUUGCACAGGGGCUUCAGUUUUGAUACGCAUUUCAAUUUUUUUUCGCCACAUGUAUGCUUUCCUCUGUUUGAAGUUACCAAUUCCUCAAAAUUUUGGAAUGUAUAUCUAUAAGAUAUGGCUUAGGAAUUGAGUCUGUGUUUGUUUCCCGAUCGGUCAACCAGAUGCAAACGUUUAAAUGUUCUCUACCAAUGCCGCUGGCAGAACCUGUGAUCUAGCUUGCACUGUAAAUGAACUGCUGGCAAUGCCUGAUACCAGAAAACCAGCGGACAUUUUUUAAUUUACUGAUUGUAAAUUUGGGACAGGAUUUGCACAACUUCAAACCUCUGGUUUAUUAUAAAAGCACGCUUUCCGAACCUCACUUGACUAGUGUGCCAAAAGUUACAAAAUGCCUUGCCGUUCCGACGUGUCCGGACCACAGAAUUCAGGUUGGGAAGCUGGCGAGAGACCGUUACAGGAUGCUACGGCGACACCUGCUUGUUUUGAGUGGUGAGCCUCAGAGGUUGUCAUGCAGGUUCAAGGUGUUUGUGGUUCCGGGCCCCCCCUCCCCCCCAACUUUUUGGCGGAGACUGUAAUGAGUGAGACAAAUUUUCGUUUACUGAUCAAUCAGCUGCUAGUUUCGGCCUUUAAAUCCUCCCCUUUCAAAACAAACAUAAAUUUGCGAAGAUUAUACGAUGUAAGCGAAGAUGCAAAAUAAUAACCCGAAAUUUGCGGGCGUUAUAUUCAUAGACUCCCACGUACAUGUUCGCCUACCGUUGGCCACGUUGUGCCCACCCGCGUCUUCCUCGAGACGUUGGACUCUUGUGGGCGCAUUUUCUAUGAGGCACUGCAUGCUACUCGAAUAUGGAGUGCUAGGUUCUAAGGAAGAAAACAAACGAAUUCCCGAAGCCGCAGAUUCAGAAGCGCAAAUUUUCAGGAUAUCGCCGCAUUCCAAGUCUCAUUUGCUGAAGUGCUACGAGCAAACCCUCUGGAAAGAAUACCAAAUUGGCCAAACCCGUUUUUUAUUUUCCGUCGAGAACUGGUAUCAUGCGAAGGGAUACACUUCAUAUGUCAUUACCUACUAUCGGAACUCCACAGUUUUCGAGAUUCUUAAUCUUCGGAAUUUAUGACCCAACAAAUGCUUUAUGGAAAAACAACUUGAAAUUUUGAUAGGGCUGUGCUGGAGGGCGCUGAAACUAGCUGCUCUUGCCCACAGUGUCGAAAUACGCUAGAGGAUGCGAUUUUUGGCAUGCUCAAGUGAGUUUAGUUUGGAGCAUUAUCCGAAAUUACUUUGUGCUCAUUCACCUUUUAGUCGAUAUUGAUAUAAACGAUAGUAAUUUUGAUGUUGUCAUUUGAACCAUUAAGGAAUUGCAUCCAGGUCCACUCUAGGUCACUUAUUAGCACUUGUAUCUCACCUUUUAGACCUUUGGAGCGGCGACCGGUUGGAUGGUAAUUUGAACGGCUAUCGCAUACUGAUUUCAUCGAUAUUUUUGUUUGAACUUGUCCGUGAUGAUCGUCACUUGUGAUACUAGCAGUUUGAUUUCGGACCUGAAAACUCCCUCUCCCCGAGACACUGCGAAUCACUCACACUGCAGUGACUAAAGUCGUGCCAAGCGAUUUCUCAAAAUCGCAAAAGCCUGUCAAAUGCAGGUUGUGCAGUGUCUGUUGUUGGCACAUCCGCCAUCGAAGCGUUACUCACCGCUUGCAGCUAAAAAUUCAACUCCCUUAUUCGGAGGAUUUCAUGGGUCGCAGUAGGUUGGGUGGGUAACUGGAUUCAAAUGUGGUUAAACUCACGGCGCCGGACGGGGUCUUGCUGCUAAAGUGAUUAGAGCGUCGGCUGUGCAUAUGUCUUGCACUUGCUCUCGUGGAUUCGAACCUCCCUGAGGCAGCAGAGUUUUUCACGACUGGGCCAGAUCAACUUUAUUAUCUUCAAACCGUCAUGUCAUAGCUUUCGAGUUGCUGUCACUUGGUAGUCUAUCAACCAGGCCUUCAUUCUUUCUGCUGGCUUAAUUUCCGUCAUCUAACUCAUUAUUGUUCCAUUCAGUCGACUUAUUACGUCCCAGCUUGAAAUUUUUAUCGUUUGUUAGUUCCUUCUCUCGUCCGCGAGCAUUAUUAGCCAAGAGGAAAAAGACCCGCCAAUCACAAGAAUAAUGGGGUUUAGGGGUCUUGUUCUUUUAUCCCAUCGCUUCCUCGCCACCCCAUCCACUCAGCUCCGUUUUCGCUUCAUCGGCUAAAUCAGAUGCGGGGUGGUCAAAUAAAUCACGACCGAGGUCUGGCCAAUGUCAGUCAUUUCCACAUCUUCCGGAGAAGGACGAGUGCGCAGACGGACUUAAAACCGCUCCUGGGGUAUGCUUGAGUUCCGUUAACUGGCCCAAUGCUUUCUUGCGUAGUUCCUUGUACUUGCCGGCUUUUAUAGGCGACGGAGAAGCUGAAGUCCUCCCACUCGUUCCGUUACCAUCGCUGCCGCUUCCCCUGUUUCCACAACACUUCCUGCUCUGCGAAAAGGACGAUACCGACAAAGAACGUUCCAGUGGCGGCGGCGGUGGGUACGAGUUGAACGUGAACAAGCGUCAACAACAGCAUGCCCUGAGGAUACUCCUCUAA